AGGCAUGAUCGAACUUAUAAUGAAAAACUACUUGAGAAAUGAAGAAACCUUUUGGAAUGCUGGAGACGUCGUAAUUCUUUAAAUCAACUUAAUGCUCAUGAUUGUGAGCAUUAAUCACAUUGCAACAUAUUGAAUCAGACAGAUUUUAAUUUUUCACAAUGGAUACACUUGAAAAUAAAGUGAUUUGUAUUGAUGUUGAAAAUCGUCCAGGAUAUCCAUUGCAUGAACAAUUAGGACAUAAUACAAUAAUUAAUGAAGAUGUUAAACAAAUACAGAAUGCCAGUACUGCUGUUGCACGCUCAUUCCUUACGAAUAGUCCAACUAAAAGACGUGAUUUACCUCAGAAAUUUGCAGUUUCAUAUAUGAAAAUGACUAUAGGACAAUAUUUUACAACAACUAUUCGAAAGCAUCAUAGAUGCGUAGAAAUGGCUAUGAGCAAUGCUGAUAUGUUGAAAGCAUUGCAUCAUAUUGAUCAGUGUAUAAAAUUAGCGCCAAACAAUGCCAGAUUUCAUACUGAACGCGCAGAAAUUUAUGCUAAGCUUCAAGAUUACCAACAUGCUAUCAGUGAUCUACAUAUAGCCCUAUCCUUAGGAUCAAAGUCGUUAGAAGCAAACACAGUCGAUCAGCAUGUUGUCGUCAACACUGGUUCAGUGUCUUUAGCUGACGCUCCGACUUCAUGUGUUUCACCGUCUUUGAUGUCAACAAACAUGAAUCGGAUAGAAUAUCAAGAUGCCUUAUUGAAAACUGGUCAACUGCAUAUUGUUUAUGGUAAAUAUUUAUGCAAAACAGAAAAGUAUGAUGAAGCUUUGAAACAAUAUGAAAUAGGCAGAGAUUUUAUUGAUCAGUAUACUGAAAUGAAUCAUUCAACGAUUGGGGAAUCUGUUACACCCGGAGUAUUAGUAACACUGAUGGAUGUAUUAAAGGUGUAUGAAUCAAUGAAACGCGAUAGCGAUAGUAUUGAUUUAUUGACAAAAUGUAUAAAUUAUUUAGAGAAGGAAAAUAUUUCUGUUUCAGAAGAAAUAUUAAGAGAGAAUACUAUUCUGACGAGGAGAUUGCAUUUACCACAAAUAUCAGACCUGUUAUACGCUAAGGCUAAAAUCUUAUUCAAACAAUCCGGCCAAGCAAUCACUCAAGCUUACUAUGAUGUUAAACGAGCCAUUCACCAUUGUCCAGUACACACAAACAGUUUAAACCUGUUGAAACAAUUAGAGAGUCUGUCUUCAUGCAAACAAGAAGAAGCAGUCGCCUCAAUGUUAAGAAAUCGUUUCAUAAACGCUUUACAAUCAAUCAACACGGCUAUUUAUGCUCAACCAGAAAGUGUUUCAUUGUAUUUUGAUAAAGGAGCAAUAUUAAGGAAACUCGAGCGUUUAGAUGAAUCGAUCGAUUGUAUUCUACAAGGCAUGGAAUUAUUGGAUGGGAUAAGUAAUAAUAAUAAUAACAACAAUAUUAAUCAGAACAAAUCAUCCGACAACUAUCAGUCAUUGUAUGCGUCAGGUAAAAAUCAAUUAUUUCUCACAAUCACUUGUUAUGCAAUUCAAUUACUGACCAAAGGUGAAUAUCAUGAAUCUAGUGAAUUAAUCUGUCAACUUUUAAAAGUUGACCCCGAUAAUUAUCGAUUGCUAAUUUUAUUCGGUGAUUGCCAGUAUCAAAUGAAUCAUCAUGAAGAAGCGCUUAGGCUGUAUGAAAAGGCUAAGGUGAUUAUCAAUCAGUUAUUGGAUGCUUCAAAUCAAUGUACCUGUACAAAGAAUACUGUUUCUAGCAUUCCAGAGAGUGUUAAAUCAGUUAAUCAUAGAAUUUGUUUAGCAUGUUAUUAUUUAAGUAGGCAAAAAAUCAAAGAAAGCGACUGGUUAGCAGCAUUGAACCAUUUAAAUUACUGUAUUCAAUUGGCGCCAUUCAAAUCGGAGUUUUACAUGACACGAGCGCUGGUGCAUUAUCAAUUAAGUAGUGCAAAACAAUCUUGGGAAGAUGUAUUGAUUUAUAUUUAUUUAAAUUUAAGUGAUUGGGCAUUGUGUCAAAAAACGAAUGGUAAAUGGUCUAUCUAUCCUGUAUGGUAUCAAAGUAUGCUACGGAAUCGUUACAUUAGUCAUGUGAAUGAACAGAUCGGCCCAUUGAUUCAUCGUCUUUCACCAAAGUAUAUUGACUUAGUGAAAGUUGCCCGAUCCAGGGAAUCAGAAAUGUGUUUAAUGAAAAACCUACAAAGUGUAAGUGAUGCCAAUAAAUGCUGUAUAUGCAAAAAUGAUAUUAACAAUAAAACUACAACAGAUACCAGAAGCUACGAUCCGAUUAAAUUUGAAAAUCAAAUUGAUUGGUUGAAAAAUAACAUUUCAUUUGAUUUAUUUUCAAUGCCUACUAGUAAUGAUAUCAGUAGUCAUGAGAACGACGGUGCAACGAAAUGUGCAGGCAAAAAGUGCGAGUUACAAAUACAGAGAGAUUGUAAAAUUAUUGAAGACUAUAAACAAAUUAAAGUUGGAAUUGAAAAUAUUCGCAACAGAAAAUAUUUAAGAUAAGCCUGUGUAUAAGCCUGUGUGCGAUACGCUUACAAAUUCUUUUCUAUACAUCCGAUUAGCACUAAACACUGUUCUGUGGAGUUUUGAAGGGCAGUUACACAUGUCUGUGAUAGAAUAGACUUGAUCAGGGCAUCAAUUCAUCUAUGGGUAUAUUAUCAAACUCAUAUGAUUAGGAGAAAUAAAUUGUACAUGAAAAGUCAUUAAUAAGUAGUACCGUAUCACUAUGUACUUCUAUCAAAUAAAUUUUCCUGUGAU